AUGGCGACAACUCUGAGACGCGAGGACGAUGUAGAGACUCAGCCAAGUAAAGAAUCUGAAAGAACGUUUGGCGCAUCCAACAAAGGGGCAGUGAAAUCUUCAGGUGACAAUGAAAUCAUGUCCAAGGAGAGUCCCAAUCUCACAGGGGAACAGAAGAAAGUGAGAGAUGGCUACUUGUUCUGCUGUGAGAAUUUCUACAGUCUUCCCGAGAUGAUCAAUUACAUGGAGGUGAAUCACGGUUUACCAAAGACAACUGUCACAAAUGUUUUUAGGGAACUCUUAACGGGAAGAAAUGCAGAAUCAUAUCUGAGGGUAUCACAGAAAAGAGCUCUACAGAGGAUGAGUAGUGGAAACGGCGCAGGUUCUUCUUCCACUAACAAAUGCUUACUUGGGAUUCAAGAACCAAAACAGGAGAUGAUCAAACCGAACCAGAGUAUAUACCCAAUAGAAGAAGAUAUGCUUCUUGCUUCAGUGGUAAUAGAGAGAACUGGUCAUCCUUGUAGUGAGGAUUGA